AUGAUUCUCAACGUCACUUUUUGUUAUGUUACUACUGUGUUACUGCUGUUGGCCGGUUACUGUAGUUCUACACGCCACGUGGCACGAAAACAUGUUCAUCACAACGUGGAGCGCGUGAAUCUUGUGCCAAAGGUGAGUGGCCCGAAAACUGGGCCUGGCCCGAAUUCAAAAAAAUUUUUUCCAGACCGAUCCCGACGCCAUCGAACCACCCUACAUGAUUUGCAUCAUCACGGGCCAUAUCUAUUGUGGUGGAAAGCCUGCGGCCUGGUUGCGGCCUUUUUUGACCUCCCCAGAAUAUCCGGCCCAACAAAUCUCGAUUUCGGUGACGCAUGAAGAUGGGCGCUUCAAAUUGAGCACAACUGGAUAUAUUUUGCUCCGCGAGCCGGUGCAAAUCGAGAUCAGACAUGUUUGCCCGAUUCCGGGAGUUCCGUUUGAUGAUGUGAGUGGUUUUGGCUGGAAAUUUGAGCUCUUGGCUGAAAUUGGGAGCUUGAAAAUCUAAAAAUUGAGAAUUUUAGAGCUGAAAUUGUGUUUGAAAAUCUGAAAAUUAAAAAUUUUAGAGCUAGAAUUAACUUUUGAAAAUCUGAAAAUUGAGAAUUUUCGAGCUAGAAUUUAUUUUGAAAUUUCAAAUUUCGCGCGAAAAUUCCACGUGGCAAAUUUUUGGAAAAUUCGAAAUUUGAAUUUUUUAUUUUUCGUGAAAAAAAUUAUUUUUCAAAAAAUUCAAAUUUCGCUCUACACGAAAAACUCGGCCACGUUUGUGGAAAACUAGUCCACCAGAUUUUUUUCGAGAAUUUCUCAAAUUUUUCCCACAAAAAAUCUUUUCUUAACAGCUUCUAGACAAUUUUUCGAAUAAAAAACUGUUUUCAUUUUUAUUUUCUGAAAAAAAGCUGAAAAAAAAUAAAAAUGAUUUUUUUGAAAUUUUCAAUUUUAUUCCUAAUUUCACUGAAUAUUUUCGCUGAAGCAGUUGUUUUGCCAAAAAACGGGGACCCGGUUUUUUUGAGAUUCGGAAAAUGAUUUUUGAUUUUUGAAUGAAGUUUGACAUGAGCAAUAUCGAUUUUUUCUGAAAUUUUCAGCAUUGCGCAGUUCCUUAUCUCACUACAAGUGUCACCGUGGAUCAUCGCAAUAAAACUGAUGUUUAUGUGAGUUUUUUGCUGCAAACCAGAUGUUCCUUUAAGAAAAAAUAAAUAAAAAAAUUUUUUUUUUUGCAGGUUGAUGUGAAUCUUGAAGACCACAAAAUGGACACCAAUUCAUUUUGCCUUUUAUAA